UCUGCUCUAUAUACCUGGGCAGAUAAAAACACAUUUUCCAAAUAUAUCUACCGACGUGAGUGUACAUAUACAAACACAAAUUGGUUUGUUCUCCUGCAAAUUUUUCAAGCUCAAUAUGUCACUGUGGUCGCAGCUGAAGCUGGUGGAGUGGUGUAAGGAAGUCUACAGGGACUAUCACUCCUGGUCAUUCGUCAAGUGUUCCCUGGCCUUUUGCGCCGGAGUGCUCCUGGUCCGAGGCCUCGACGGCAAAUUGCCGGACAGCAGCCUGGUUCCCAAUAUUAUGGCCUAGAACUCGUUGGAAAUUGGACCACAAUGCUGGUCAUCCCACCAAAUUGACUCCGUAAAGGAAAAAAGGUUGGCUGAAAAGGAAGUCUAAGUAAUUCGGACACCAUUAAACGUUUUUUGUUGAAUUAAAAUCGAUUUAAAAAUAUAGUUUACAAAUUUAAAAAAUUUUCUGUAAACUAUUUCAAUUUAAAUUUUUAAGUAAAUGGUUUGGCAAACAUUUGAAAGCUAAA